GAGAGACUGGGGGAGCGCGGGGGUCCCCGGGCAUCGCUGAGGAAAAAGCCGCUGUCCCCGAGUGGGGAAGCGCCUCUCUCCUGCGGGCCGACAUGCCCAAGAAGAAGCCGACGCCCAUCCAGCUGAACCCGGCCCCCGAUGGCUCGGCGGUGAACGGGACCAGCGCGGCGGAGACCAAUCUGGAAGCCUUGCAGAAGAAACUGGAGGAACUGGAGCUCGAUGAGCAGCAACGGAAGCGCCUUGAGGCCUUUCUGACCCAGAAGCAGAAAGUUGGGGAACUGAAGGACGAUGACUUUGAGAAGAUCAGUGAACUGGGGGCUGGCAAUGGAGGCGUGGUCUUUAAGGUCUCCCACAAGCCCUCAGGCCUGGUCAUGGCAAGAAAGCUCAUCCACCUGGAGAUCAAACCUGCCAUCCGGAACCAGAUCAUCCGAGAGCUGCAGGUGCUGCAUGAGUGCAAUUCACCCUACAUCGUGGGGUUCUACGGCGCCUUUUACAGUGACGGUGAGAUCAGCAUCUGUAUGGAACACAUGCUGGCCAAGCUGCCCGUGCCAGGGACACUGGGUGCUGACUGCCAAAUCUCUUUAGAGAUUUCCGCUUUGCCUCAGCUUCCUCCUUUCAAAGUCGAGAUGGAGGGUUCCUUGGAUCAAGUCCUGAAGAAAGCUGGAAGAAUACCUGAACAAAUUUUAGGAAAAGUUAGCAUUGCUGUAAUAAAGGGCCUGACUUAUCUGAGGGAGAAACACAAGAUUAUGCAUAGAGAUGUCAAACCCUCUAACAUCCUAGUGAACUCCCGUGGGGAGAUCAAGCUCUGUGACUUUGGGGUCAGCGGACAGCUCAUCGACUCCAUGGCCAACUCCUUUGUGGGCACCAGGUCCUACAUGUCGCCAGAGCGAUUGCAGGGAACACAUUACUCGGUGCAGUCGGACAUCUGGAGCAUGGGGCUCUCCCUGGUAGAGAUGGCCGUGGGGAGGUACCCCAUCCCGCCUCCUGACGCCAAGGAGCUGGAGCUGAUGUUUGGGUGUCCGGUGGAGGGAGAUGCUGCCGAGACGCCACCAAGGCCAAGAACCCCUGGGAGGCCCCUCAGCUCAUAUGGAAUGGACAGCCGACCACCCAUGGCAAUCUUUGAGUUGUUGGAUUACAUAGUCAAUGAGCCUCCCCCGAAACUGCCCAGUAGUGUCUUCAGCCUGGAAUUCCAGGACUUUGUGAAUAAAUGCUUAAUCAAAAACCCCGCAGAGAGAGCAGAUUUGAAGCAACUCAUGGUUCAUGCUUUCAUCAAGAGGUCUGAUGCGGAGGAAGUGGAUUUCGCAGGUUGGCUUUGCUCCACCAUCGGCCUUAACCAGCCUAGCACUCCGACCCAUGCGGCUGGUGUUUAAGCAUCUGGGACCUGCGCAAGUGUGUGUGGCCGUGUCGCUUUCAGGCCUUCCCAUGCCUCUGUUCAGACAUGCAUUUCGCCCGUGACAAAGGAUGAAGAACACAGCAUGUGCCAACAUUCUAUCUGUGUCCCUUAACGUAUUACUGUCUUUAUUCUUACUCCUGUUGUUCACUCCUGGGGUAGAUUGGCUUUUUGUGUGGGGCUGUGAUCACACAUACCCAGUGCUAAAUGACAGUGACAUUCUGGUGACUGUGGGAGUUCCUCCUGCUGACACGAGCACUGCUCUUCCAUCCUGUGACUGGCUUGCUCCCUCUGUUUCUAGGAUUCAGGGAGUAUUGGUGGUACUUCAUUCUUGUCAGGUGCCCUUGGGAGUUUUCACAGGCAGUGCAUGUAAAGCAUGUUUUGUUGCUAUUAAAAAAUGAGCAUCAAGGGGCCGGAGCACUAGUACUGCAGAUAAGGCAUUUGUCUUGCACACGGCCAACCUGGGUUCAAUCCCCAGUAUCCUAUAUGGUACCCCGAGCACUGUCAGGAGUAAUUCGUGAGGACAGAGCCAGGAGUAAACCCUGAGCAUUACUGGGUGUGGCCCCAAAACAAUUUUUUUCUGUGAAUUAAAAAAAAAUAAAAAUGAAUAUCAGAAUGUGAGUGUCAUGUUGCUUUAUUUUAUUAUUACUAUUUUCUUGCUUUGAGUAUAGAAUUCAGCAGGACCCAUCAAAAUCUAGCCAGAGCCCUCACUGCCAUGAUAGCUGGGGCACUGCUAGUCUGUCUCCUGUGAUGGUCUAUAGACUUCUAGUUGCAUUUCUAUAUUUAUUUUUAAAAAUACUGUGUGGGCUAUUUAGUGGCAUCUGUCUCUUUAGUUCAGAUUAGUGUUUCUGAAAUGGGGUUCCUUGAAUGUUACAAAUGGAUCAAGGCAUUAAAAUGUAUGAGAUUCAUGCUUUCCAAAUCCCAGUGCUGAUGCUAUUGUAAACAGCAGUAUGUAUAGUGCCUAUAAAUUGUAUGAAAUCCUCUUAACUAUUUUAAUUCAGAUGUUUAACAAGUCGACUCUCUUAUCCAAAUAAAUAAACUAUUAAGUUAAAAAA